AUGGCUGUGGCGCUGGAUGCCGUGUGCGUUCGGGUUAAGGAUGUUUGUAAAAGGAAUGGCUUGCUGAUCCUCUCCGUGCUCUCAGUCAUCAUUGGGUGCCUCCUGGGAUUCUUCCUGCGCACGAGGAAGCUCUCCGAACAGGAAAUAAAAUACUUCCAGUUUCCUGGAGAGCUCCUGAUGAGGAUGUUAAAAAUGCUGAUCCUUCCUCUGGUGGUUUCCAGUUUAAUGUCUGGACUGGCAGCCCUGGACGCCAAAGCCUCCAGUCGCCUGGGCAUCAUCACCAUCUCCUACUACCUGUGGACCACCUUUGUUGCAGUUGUGGUGGGCAUUAUCCUGGUGUCCAUUAUUCAUCCUGGUGGUGCUGCCCAGAAAGAGACGACAGAGGACAGCGGCAAACCCACGAUGAGCUCUGCAGACGCCCUUCUGGACCUCAUCCGCAACAUGUUUCCAUCAAACCUGAUCGAGGCCACCUUUCAGCAGUAUCGGACGAAGAAAAUUAAAAACUUCAAGUCCCCAAAAGCGGCGGCGUUACCUGAGACUUCCACACAGCGUGUCAUCUUCUACGGAAUCCAGGAUGGCAACUGGACAGACAUUCAGAACUUCACGCUGGACAUUACGGUCCCUCAGGAUUUUGUCUACCGGUCUGAGCCUGACAGCAGCAAGGGAAUGAACGUCUUGGGCAUCGUCAUCUUCUCUGCCACAAUGGGAAUCAUGUUGGGAAGAAUGGGAUCCAAUGGCAGUCCUUUGGUCAAUUUCUGCCAAAGCUUGAAUGAGGCGGUGCUGAAGAUCGUUGCAGUCGCCGUUUGGUAUUUCCCUUUUGGAAUUGUGUUCCUAAUAGCUGGCAAGAUCCUGGAAAUGGAUGACCCGACAGCGAUUGGGAAAAAACUGGGCUUCUACGCCAUCACUGUGGUGCUGGGGCUUAUAGUUCAUGGACUCUUCAUCCUGCCUAGCAUGUACUUCUUCAUCACCAAAAAGAACCCCAUAGUCUUCAUCAGAGGCAUUUUGCAAGCCCUGCUCAUUGCACUGGCAACAUCUUCAAGCUCCGCCACUUUGCCCAUCACCUUCAAGUGCCUGCUAGAGAACAACCACAUCGACCGGCGAAUCAUCCGCUUCGUUCUGCCCGUUGGUGCCACAAUCAACAUGGACGGGACGGCGCUCUACGAGGCGGUGGCCGCCAUCUUCAUUGCACAAGUCAACAACUAUGAGCUGGACUUUGGCCAGAUUAUCACCAUCAGUAUCACAGCCACAGCGGCCAGCAUCGGAGCAGCCGGAAUUCCACAGGCAGGCCUCGUCACCAUGGUGAUCGUGCUGACAUCUGUGGGGCUGCCGACUGAUGACAUCACCCUGAUUAUCGCCGUGGACUGGGCGCUGGACCGAUUCAGGACCAUGAUCAACGUACUGGGGGACGCCCUGGCAACUGGCAUCAUGGCCCACAUCUGCAGGAAGGAUUUCAACAAGGAAGGCAAUGAGGUGCCCCUGAUCUGUGAGACCAAGCCCAUGAUCAGCAUCCAACAGCUAAUGGCCUAUCAGAAGAACGGCUGCUUCAAUGCGCCGCCUGGUGGAAAGGCCCUGCUUCCCGAGGGCCUCCCGGUAGACGUGGCCAGACUCAUGCAGCUGGAAGAAGGCCUGCGACCCGAGCAGAAGAUCCAUCCGGAGAAGCACAUGGACAAAGACCACUGCUCCAUCGAUAUGAAUGGCCUUGAGACUAACGUAUAGGAGCCUAAGGACAAGUGGCAAGACCCUUAUAGGAGCGGCGGGGGAAGGGGUGGUGGGUUUGGGGUUAUGUGGGUUUUGGGGUCUUUUCUACACCUGAACUUGGAAGCACCAUGGCACCUCUGUUUGUACAUUUGUGGGCGUGCGUGUGCUUUGUGUGUGCUCUCAAAAGCGUGACAGACUCAUUUCAGAGACCUUGCACGUGGGUGCGGGUGUGCAGGAUGGGACGGUCCGAGGUUCGAGGGGAAGGACACGACGGACCUAAGCAUGGCCAUGGUGGCCCAGCAGUCCGUGUCCUGACAUUGCCAGAUGAGAAGUCCCUGCCUCUCGGUGGCCCGCUCCUCCCGCCACGGGCGAUGGUCUUAUUUCCUUACGUGUGCGUGGCUGUGUUCGUGCGCAUUUCCCUUCCAUUUUGGACGUGCCAGCAACAUUAUUAUUGAAAUGUCUUUGAUUUCUAUUUGCUUCUCUUUCUUCAUUUUAUGGGAGAUGUGGGUGACAGUUCAUGGUGACAGGGCUUUUUUUUUUUCUUGUCCCACCUCAAGAUAUUCUUCUAUUGUGUACGGUCCCACACACUUGUCUUGUGGGUGUCGUUCGCUUUAAACCUUCUUCAUUUGACCCACGGGCUUUCCCAAAUUUUGGCAGGAGUAACAGUAGGGGUGGUUUCCAUGGCAGUGCCAGCCGCCUCCAUGAAGAUGCCAGCACCACUCAGGAACGGCGCCAUCUUCACAAUCAGCAGAUCAGAGUGAGAAGAACAGCCCAUGUUAGUUCCCCUUGAGUGAUUCCGGGGUCUUCCGGAAAGAUCCUCAAAGUUUCUUUGGUAUUCACCAGGCCCCUCUGUCUAUGGCAUCAGGAGGUAGACUUGAGUUUGAGGAUAAUAGGGUGCCUCCCUGGUUUUAUGAAUGAGCCUGGCACCACAGCUUUGCCCCCUAUUGUUUUAUUGGAGGUCUGGGGGUGACUGGUGUGGAGAUGUGUAACUGGCUACAGGUCAGAGGGUCUUUAACCAAGCCCACCAUGAGCGUCUUUUUGGACUUCCUAAAGAAUGUGCUUGUUAACUGCCAGCCAACCCAAUUCCAGAAUUCCUCAUCUUUGAUUCUUUUUUUGAUCUUGUGCUCCAUUGGGGUCCACCUCCCCAGCUAUCAAUGGGCUGACAGUCCCCCAUUUUCAAAGCCAACUCUUUCUGGAAGCCUUUCUUGAUAUAUUUUUUUGACUCAUCUUUUGCUGGAAAAGAAGACAAAGACGAGUGGGUCCUGACACCUCUGAGACCGGACCCUUCAGUCACUGGAAGGCUGUCAGUCAUUACCUUUAUGUCACAUGACUCCUGGUGCAUAGAAAUGGCCUCCCCUGCCCAACACCAAGGUAGCCGUUUGUUUGCGGACCACCGUCUGAGGAACGAUUCUCCUUUUUACAGUUUACAGCCAUAAUCAUUUUUUUUUUAUACUAAGAGACUGGGGAGUUGGGAAUGAAAAGAAAUGAAAUACGCAGCACUCUGACGACAUGCAUGACAACAUGCUCUUCAAACAAACGGUUUCUUAAUAAAAACUGCAUCUGCUGUUUCAGAUGCUUGCAAAAUAAAUAUCUUCCAUACUUUUAUUUCUUUGGAUGACUUUAUGUCUGUGAAGUGGCCGUCCUGUUCAUCAGAGUGUGAGCGCCGAUCCACGAGAG